AUGGAGAUGCAAGUGGAUCCGGUGGCUGUGUUCAUUGCGUCGUCGUCCAACGCCAAGAAGCGCGCAUUGGAGGCGAUGCAGAGUGAUGGUCGCAAGGAGGACACGCCCGACCGCACGUCCAGCGAGGACGAGCACCAGCGAGACACAUGCGCGGUGCACGCAGACCCUGGACUUCCCCCGAUGGUUCCCGUGAAGGCUGCAGCCAAAGCUGCGAUGAAGCAGCCUCCCAAGGCGCUGGAGCACGAGGUGGCGACGGUGCACUCGCCCGUGGGAGGAGCUCAAGUUCUCCCAGAGAAGGAAGCCCAGGAGAAGGAUGAGGCGGAGACUGCAAAGCCUGUGGCGAAGCCCCCAAAGCUGCCGCCUCUUGGGCUGAAGGGCAAGUUGAAGGCCAAGGGGGCAACGGGCAAGAAGGCAGCGGCCAAGCCGGAUCGGCGGAGGAAGCGGAAGGCGAGAGCAGAGAGCGAGUCCACCUGUAUCUCGCAGUCGUCAGCGCAAAUGCUUUUCCGGUGCACGUGCCAGCUUCUGCGGUCGCAGACGCUGGACUACGACGUGCGAGCUUGGGAGAUGGAGGACCGGAACGCGGCGCAGGCCAAGGAGAUUGAGCAGUGGGAGAAGAGAGUGCGCAGUCUCAAGCGCGAGCUGCAAGAGUACGCGGGCGAGUCCGGUGGCUAUCCAACAGAGUCGGCAGGGAUGGCGCUGAUUGAGGCGGACCCCAGUGCAUAUGCCGCGGCUGGACCGAGGGGGAUGGAAGAGCGCAACAGACUGUCAGCAGCCAUGGCCUCGACUCCUGCCGCGGCUUUUGGAGAGGGCGCAGCGGUUGAUGCCUCGCUGCCACCAACAGUCGCCGCCGCUGAGGCCAAGCUGCAAGAAGAGCUGCGCAAGCGAACGCAGAAGGUGAACGAGUUCAGCCGCAGCGUGCCGGGCUUCAUCGAGUCGCUGGACGAGCAGCUCCCGCGCCCUCUCUAGGCUGCUGCUAUCUGUCCUGAGCAGGCAAGUCGACGUUAUUUUAUUUCGAGUUCUCGGGUGACUGGCUCAGCCGAUGCGUGUCAACGUUGUUAGUUCAACCAGGCCAAUACAUUCUCGCAGUCAUCGCGAUCUUUUC